AUGUCCGCAUCGUCACCCCACCUCGGCGACAUAGGCAGCGCCGAACUUGAUGAAAUCUACCAAUUCGCAGUCGAGCUUGGGAAAAAUGCCGGACAAAAGCUCAUGGAUGGCGUGCAUGCACGCAUUGGCGGUAGUAUAUCCGGCAUAUCAUCAGACGACGCAAAUAUGACGAGCAACCUCGCGUUUACGGAGAAGGAUAGCUCGGUUGAUAUUGUCACACAGGUUGAUGAGGAUGUGGAACACUUUAUCCACGAAGCCAUCAAGACCAAAUACCCAACCCAUAAAUUCAUUGGCGAAGAGACAUAUGCCAAAACCUCCUCGUCCGCGCGAGAAUAUCUCAUCACUUCCUCCGAUCCAACAUGGUGCGUCGACCCGCUCGACGGCACAGUCAACUACACACACAUGUUCCCCAUGUUCUGCGUGAGCAUUGCCUUUAUACUUGGCGGACGACCCAUCAUUGGCGUGAUCUAUGCACCCAUGCUUCACCAGCUCUUCUCGUCGUGCGUCGGCCGCGGCGCGUGGCUGAACGAGAGCACCCGACUGCCUUUAAUUCGAAACGCUCCUGCCAGUGACAAACGUGCUUUCAACGAUAUCAAUGAUAACAUAGGAAUUCCGCCUAUGCCGAGUAAUGCACCAAGUAAAUGCGUGUUUUCCUGCGAAUGGGGGAAAGACCGCCGGAACAUCCCCGGCGGUAACAUGCGGAGAAAGAUCGACAGUUUUGUGAAUAUGGCGGCCGAAAAGGGCGGCGAGAAUGGGGAUGGACUGCAAGGUAUGGUGCAUGGGGUGAGGAGUUUGGGCAGUGCGACGCUGGAUUUGGCCUAUACAGCUAUGGGGUCGUUGGAUAUUUGGUGGGAGGGUGGAUGCUGGGAAUGGGAUGUCGCGGCCGGAAUCGCCAUUUUGCUCGAAGCCGGAGGGUUGGUGACCACAGCGAAUCCCCCAGAAGAUCCAGAAACGGCAGCAAUUGAAGAGACCAAGCUAGGCAGUCGACUAUACUUGGCUAUAAGGCCCGCCGGUCCUUCAGCGACAGAAACAGGUCGACAAUCGCAGGAACGCACUGUGCGCGAAGUAUGGAAGCGCGUCAAACUGCUGGACUAUACGAGGCCAGGCCUCUAG